GUAGAACUAUACCCGGUCUCAACUCAUACCUAUCUGGCUAUCUCUGCCAGCUUGCCGCACUAUUUCCUCACAAUGAUUACUCCUUCAAAAAUUACAGAAACAACCCCAUCAAGAAGGCAAAAACGCCACCAUCACAUUCACUGGCCUAAGCUCCAAUCCACCACCAACUGGAGAGAAAAGCAACCCGCCACCGCCCGCCAUCACCACACACUCCUUUUUCUUUUUAUCUUUUUAUUAUUUGCUUAUACUUUAACAUCAUUAUCAAUGGCCAGCGCACCAACCUUUCUCUUCAUUGCUCCGCCGCUCCCUCCCUUCCCCCCGGACUCUGGCUCCGACGAUAUCUCUCCUCUCGGGCUCGUCCUCGGUUUCAUUGCCAUCAUCACUGUCCCCGUCCUCAUCUACACCAUCGUAUGCGGGGUCAAAUGCCCCUCCCUGUCUCUCCGCCGUGGCCGCCGGAGCUCCCGCAGCUACUCCGUUGAAAUCUCCCCCGUCGACGGUGGCAGAGGCAGCGGUGGCGUGGCUCCUCCGGAAGCUAACCACGAGAAGGAGAGCGACGACUGCACGGCAGAUGCCGUGGGCGGCGAGUGCCCGGUGUGCCUGUCAACGUUGUCCGAAGGAGAGGAGAUCAAGCGGCUGAGCGUGUGCAGGCACGCUUUCCACACCGCGUGCAUCGACACGUGGCUGGAGUCUCAGUCUAACUGCCCAGUUUGCCGUGCGUCGGUCCCGGUGAAGAGUCUGAACAAUCCGGCUCCGCCGCCGCCGCCGCUACCAACAGUGCUGUUCUACUGUGCAAGAAACUACGCGUAGGAAAAUGCGGAUGACGAAGAUGAACAUGCUUCCUAUUCCACCCUUUUUCUUGAAGGACAAGUUUUGUUGGCGGUCCUUGAAGGACAAGUUGGAUCCUAUUGCUUUAAUGUACUCAUGAAGGGAAUGUGGAAAAUGAUGACUCCGUGCACGAUCUGCUUAUA